CCGGAAGACUCGGUCGAGGGUCCGAAUACCACUCAUUUCAUACUUCCAUCACUUGCUAGUCAUCAUCAUCAUGAAGGAUCUUAUGCUGGAUGCCAACUUUCCAAGGGAUGCAGAAGGAAGAACAUACCAUGUAGGCACGAAACCCGGAGAAGUUGCAAAUAGAAUUAUAACCGUUGGUGAUUAUACACGCGCAAGAAGGAUAGCGAAAAGUUUUGAUGGUGGAAAACCUUUGUUUGAACAUGAAAGUCAUAGAAAGUUUUUGACAUUAACAGGAACAUACAAAGGUACUCCUAUCACUGUUGUGGCAAUCGGAAUGGGGUUCAGCUUAGUAGACUUUUUCGUUCGUGAAUGUCGGGCUGUCGUACAAGGUGAUUUGCUGAUCGUUCGUUUAGGAUCGUGUGGUUCACUUUCAGAUCGUGCAAACGUAGGUACAGUCGUAGUACCAUACGAAUCAAUCGGAGUCUUGCGCAACUAUGAUCAUUUCACUGGCAAGACAGACACCUCCUCACGCCCUUAUACCAUUACCCAACCACUUCCAUGUGACAAAGCACUUCAUGACCAGCUCUUUUCUGCUUUACAAGCCACGAAGCCAAAGGUAGACGCAAAUCUCUUUGAUGGAAACACGAAUGCCCCAGUCGCUCUCGAUAACAUCAAAAAUGCAAGUGCUGAUAGCUUCUAUUCUUCACAAGGUAGACAAUCCGAUCUAUUCGAUGAUCAAAAUGAAGAUUUGAUCAAAGAACUUCAAUCCCAACAACCUGAUUUACAAACGUUCGAAAUGGAAACAUACCUAUUGAAUCAUUUAGCAAUCGCUGCAAAUUCUAGCAAAAGUGUUACUUCAGGUCAACAAGGUACAAUGCGUAUGGGAGCCGUUCAAAUGGUUUUCGCAAAUCGUGCUUCUCAAGCUUUCAUCACGCCUGAACAAGUGGAAAUUUUGGAACUUUGGUGCGGAAAGGCUGUUUGUGAAGCAUUGGUAUCGAUUCAGAUAAAAGAUGAUAAAGUACAUGGUGAAGGAGUAUGGAGCAUGAGCAAAAGCACUGUGUAAGCUAUUGGGAGCAUUAAAUAGAUUAAU